AUGACAGUUCCACGCUUCCAACACACCUUGACCUGCUUCCUCAUUCUUAUCUCACGCUGCGAUGCAUCGUUCCCUCAAUUCAUACCAGCUUCUCCGAACACCCAUGUAGCGAACGCCAACGCAAAGCUGCGUGUGGCAUUCGGAGACGCAAUUCUGUUGGCCAGAGUGGCAGCAGUCACAUUCGACCCAUGUGAUGAGAUCUUCUUGCGAUAUUUCCGCCCCGAAGAAGCCGAGUUUGUGAAGAAUGUCUUCCUGGCGGUUGCCAACAUUCGAACUACCGAGAUCGACGCCGAGAACGUUGAAAGCAUUUUGUCUUCGCCGUCAGUAAUUUUCCAGCUGCACGACAAGUUUCAAAACCUCGAGAUAGCACUGGGUGAUCAUCCCGAAGUCGAGGACGAAGACAAGAUUUGUGGUCGAAUCUUGACUGAAACCGGGUUUGGAGUUUACGCCUAUACCACGCUAGAUUUCGAUGACUUCGACAUUGACGCUGAAGGUAGCAAGUUUUCCUGGCAAUCUAUUUGUGAGGAAUCGUUCGAAUUUCCCUUUCUCUGGGAUAUCGAGCUUCUUGCCACCGAUCCCUCGGGACAUGUCCUCGCAGGACACACUUGCGCUGGUCUGGGAGACCGUGAUAGCGAUUUCAUGGACAGCCCUGGAGGUAUAAUCCUGCAUGAGCUCACGCAUUGGAGCUACCUGCUCGAAAAUAUCCCUGGCUUCUCCGACCUGAUUGAAGGCGAUGAAGGCGGCUUCCACCAGAUCAAAGAUUAUUCUAACCCUGGAGGAACUCCACCAAACGGACUGGGUGCCUUCCACGCCUUACAGCUCAGAAAUGUCGGCCCUUAUACUUCAAUACAGAACGCGGACAACUUCAAAUGGUAUGCGCUGUCCAAAUACUGGGCUUGGAGAUGUGGAAGAGUAUUCAGUCCGUCGCUGAGCGACGCAGAUGUCUAUAAGCGUGGACCUAAGGGCGCUGAAGCUGAUCCGCAGGUUCAAGGAGGGAAUUGA